AUGGUGUCCAUACCAAGUGGCGCGUUUAUCGAAAACUGCCCGGGACCGUCGACCUCCAAGGACCCUCUGAAUUUGAGUGUGACGGCCUUGCCGGAAGCUGCCACCAAGAACGGUAGCUUGUCUCUAAUGACCAGUGACGAAGAAGACGACAGUCAGGAGGGGGACGGCGAUUACGAUGACGGAUCGACAUCAGAAGAGGAGACCUUGGAUAAGUUCUCGAAGUUACACGUUCACACCGAAGUCGCCAAACAAUCUGCGGCCAUGGAAGAAGAUCCGUUCCCGAUGCCCAUCAAAGCUGAGAAAACCCCACCUCGAGCUACACCACAACCGGAGAACGACGCGCUGACCUACGUUAACAUGUGGAAGAACAAGUUCCUUCAUCAGCUAGAGCAGACCAAGGAGCUUUCUAACAGCUGA